GGGAGUAAGGUUUUAUUAUGACAAUUAUAAUUCAAGAAGCAUUUUAAGGUAGAUACACCUUACGGUGACGUCAGGGGGCAUGUGGCAAAUGAGUCGUGCUAAUGAGCUCUGGCACCUCUUUUUCUACAAAAUGCCCCUGCCUUUCAGACACACUGGCAUUCAAAAUAGAUUGCAGAGCUGGACUUGAUGCCAAAUCGACCCAGCGCCAGAACCAAAAAGAUGGUAGUUAUUUCUGGUCUGAUUCAGUUAUGUCCAUUUGGUCUCCAUAAUAUGCUGGCCAGGUGUCUCUGGAAAGUUUCCAAGCAAGUGCAAAACAAUGGUAAACGCCCCCUUGUUCUUUAGGGCUAGACUGCUCCUGUCCAUGGAAGUCCCGUGCCCACGAAUGCAGACGGCAGAACUGUGAACAUGCAAACGCUAGGGCCAUUGCGAGAGGCUCCAGGGCGAGGCAGCGCGGUGAUUUCCACACCGGCUGGGCGUGUUCAAGGCAAGAAGGGCGGCUCCCGAGACUCCCCGUGCAGUCCGUUCCGCCCACCUGAGCAGCAGGUGCCUCGGCCGCUCCUUCUUGUCGUCCCUCAGUCAUGGCUCAGGAACCGGGACCAAGCGGAGCAGGUGAUCGCAAGGAGCAGCUGGGCUCGGCCCAAGGCCACGGUGAAGGACACGAGAGGGCUGGAAUAUGUCCGCAACACACCCUGGAGCUGGACUGGUUUUGCAGCACCGAAAGGCGGCUGGUGUGCGCGCAGUGCCCCAGCCAGGGCGGCUGCCGCGGCCACUGCGUACGCCCAUUGGCGGAGGAGGCGGUCGAGCGGCGGAACAAAAUUGUAGAUCAAUGUGAGACGCUUCAGCUGCAGAGUGCCGUGACCACUAAAUAUGUGACAGAGGUGCUUCCGGAGAAGAAACAGCAUGUUGUGAGUGCGGCCAGCAGUGCACGAGAGGUCCUGAUCCGGCGCUUGAACCUUGUGAGGAAUGUCUGUGAGACUGAGGAGCAGCGGCUGCUGGAGAUGGUGCAUACGGAGGAGGAGCGGGCCCACCAGAACAUCCUUACCCAGCAGGUCCACUGGACUGAGUCGCUGCAGAAACUGGAUACCCUCCGGACCUAUCUGGUGACAAUGAUCACUGCUACAGAUGACCGUAGCCUUGUGCAGGCAGAAGAGGAGAUCUAUGAAAGAAUGGAGGAAGCGGAGGGGAUCCUGAAGCCUCAGGAAUCUGAGAAGUUAAACUUUAACCCACAGUGCAUCCAGAGUCCAUUAAUGAGCCGGCUGUGGGCUGCUGCUGUUCUGUGCUGGAACUCAGCGCAGAUGAAAUCCACAUUGAUGAGAAAACAGUCAGCCCACUCCUGACGCUCUCAGAAGACAAGAAAACACUGACCUUUAGCCCUAAGAAAGUAAAAAGUGACCCUGAUGGUCCAGAGCGGUUUGACCACUGGCCCAACGCCUUGGCUGAAGAAUCAUUCCACAAAGGGAUCCAUGCAUGGAGAGUCACCGUGGCAAGUAGUGGUGCAUACAAACUGGGUAUCUCAUAUAAAUCACUGCAGCGUAAGGGCACAGGUCCUGAAGCCCGCCUGGGUUACAACUCAUUCUCCUGGGUCUUCUCCCGCUAUGACAAGGAGUUUCGGUUUUCACAUGACAACUGUCACCAAACAGUGGACCUCCUCAAAUGCCCAAUAGAAAUUGGGGUCCUGGUGGACUUGGAUGUGGGAGAACUGUUGUUUUAUGACCCAGAAUCCUGUGUUGUUCUUCAUGCACAUCAUGAAAACUUCACUGCUCCUAUCUUCCCCGCUUUGGCUGUAGCUGAUCAAAGUAUCUCUCUGAUGCAGUGAGAGUGAGACUCAGCUGAGGGGCAGGCUAAGAGAUCAUAUGUAUCUUUGAUGAACACUGAGACUAUCUCCUAAAACUAUAUAGAUCAUGUUACAUUUAUGGCUCCGUUCGGUUUGUGGAAUUAGGAUUCCUUAAUGUUUCACAAGCCUGCAUAGACAACUGAAUACAUCCAAAGCACAACUUAAAUGCCAAGUGCAAUGACUACUUCUGCUUCAUUGGCUAGAAUGGAGGAAGCUGAAGGGAUCCUGAAAUGCCGGGAAUCUGAGAAGUUAAACUGUUAAUCAGUGGUAUACCUGAAGUCAACCAUUUUACCAGCCAAUCCAACAUGCCAGGAUCCCAGUGCGUGGGAACAUCCUCCUUGCUACUGGGUGGGAUGACACUUUGAUCUAUACCGGCUUGUGGUUUGGUCAUUUGUAUGUGAAAGAGAGAGACUGUAUGGAUGUACAUACCUGCAAACUAUGCACCAGGCAGUGCAGAUGACUCAGAAUGGGGCAUGCGUGUGGAGGGCUGUUUCAUUUUCUCUUCAAAAAGACAGUUAUGUUAUAUUUGUUAAUAUGAAGCUGCCUUUUACUGAAUC